AAUGUCGCAAUCUCCCCAUAAAUGGCAUCAAGAAACUAUUGAUUCUCAAAAAUCAAAAAUGGAAAAAACUGUUCCCAUUUGCCCUCUUCCAUAAGAUGUUGCAACUCUCACUUUACCUAAUGGCAAAACUGUUCAACUACCAGUUUAUAAAGGGACUAAAGGUCCUCCAAUGAUUGAUAUCACAUAAUUAUACUCGAAAACAGGAUAUUUUACUUUAGAUCCUGGAUUCUCAUCAACUGGAGCGUAUAAAAUUAAUAAUAAUAUUAAUUUAGAUGUAUGUCAACCAUGACCUAUAUAGAUGGUGAUAAAGGAGAAUUAUUAUAUAGAGGUUAUCCAAUAGAGACUUUAGCAAAAUAUUCAUCUUAUAUAGAAGUGUGUUAUUUAUUCAUUUAUGGUCAUCUUCCAUCUUAAAAGGAAUUAUAACUAUUUGAAGAGACUAUGGUGAGUGAAAUGAUGAUAAAUGAAAAACUAAUUGAAUUUUAUAAAGGUUUUGCAUCUGAUAGUCAUCCUAUGGCAAUUAUGGUUGGUGUGGUAGGUGCAUUGAGUGCAUUUAUGCACAAAGAUUUUGAUGUCAAUGAUCCAAGAGAUAGAGAGUAUAUAGCCAUUAAAUUAGUAGCCAAGAUGCCAACUUUAGCAGCAUAUGCAUAUAGAACAGCUUUGGGUUUACCUAUAAUUUAUCCAAACAAAAAGUAUUCUUUCAUUGAGAAUUUCUUAUAUAUGGUAAUUAUAUACAAUAAAAUAUAAGAUGUUCUCAACUCCUAUGAAUGAUUUUACUGUUGAUAAAGUGAUUGUUAAAGCAUUAGAUACUAUAUUUAUGUUGCAUGCAGAUCAUGAAUAAAAUGCAUCUACUUCCACUGUAAGAAUAGCUGGAUCUUCAUUGGCAAAUCCAUUUGCAUGUAUUGCUGCUGGAAUUACAGCUUUAUGGGGACCAUAUCAUGGAGGUGCUAAUGAAGCAGUAUUGAAUAUGCUGAAGGAAAUAGGAAAUAAGGAAAAUAUACCUAAAUAUCUUCAGAAAGCUAAAUCUAAAGACAAUUCAUUUAGAUUGAUGGGAUUUGGACACAGAGUUUAUAAGAAUUAUGAUCCUAGAGCAAAAGUAAUGUAGGAAAUGUGUUACAAUGUUUUAGAAAAGACUAAAAGAGCAAAUGAUAUUUUAGAGGUAUUAAUUAAUCUAUUAAUAAUUUAUAGUUAGCAAUUUAAUUAGAAUAAACAGCUUUGAAAGAUGAUUAUUUCAUUUAAAGAAAAUUGUAUCCAAAUGUUGAUUUUUACACAGGAAUUGUUUAUGAAGCCUUGAGUAUUCCAACAUCAAUGUUUACAGUUAUGUUUGCAGUUUAAAGAAGUAUUGGUUGGAUUUGCUAAUGGAUGGAGAUGAUGUCAGAGAAAGUGUAAAGAAUUAGUAGACCAAGAUAAUUAUAUGUUGGAGAAGAUUAGAGAGAAUAUAUUCCUAUUAAGGAUAGAAAAGAAGAAGAAAAGAGUAGAGUGUGUAAAUUACCUAUGCAUAGUAGCCUAUUUGGACUUGUAAAAGUGUGAUCAGAUUUAUAUGAG